CUACGGCUAAUCAGAAGUAAACACAAACAGCCGGAAUAAAUCCUCCCGAAAACGACACGAAAAUGUCCGCAGUCUGACAUUUGUCACCCCUGAAUGUAAAGGUCGCAUCACACCAACAUGAAGAAGAAAGCGAGGAUGACGCAGGUCGCAGGAGCCGGCAGCAACAAGGAGGAGUGUUGUGUGCUCUGCAGGCUCAGCGAUGAUGACCCGGUCAUGUUUGGGGAGAAAGUCACUCUCAAGGAGCACAAAUUCUCUGUCCACUACUUCUGUUUGCUGACGUCUUGUGGAGUUUACCAGCGUGGAGAAGAGGGCGAGGGCGUCUUUGGUUUCCUGGUGGACGACAUCAAACAGGAGUGCCGCCGGUCGGCUCGACUGACGUGUAGUUUCUGUAAGGGGAAGGGAGCGUGUGUCGGCUGCUACGUCAGAAGCUGCAGGAAGGUGGCUCACUUUCCCUGCGCCAGGAAAAACCAGUUCGUCUCUCAGUUCACUGGACUCUUCCCGUCGUACUGUCCGGAUCACAGUCCCACUCAGUCACUAUGUGUGAGUUCAGACCUCAGUCUGCCUCAGUCCUGCUCCAUCUGUUUGGACUCCAUCGAUCCUGUCCUCAGCUACUCCGUCCUCAAAUGUCCGUCCUGCCACGCCAGCUGGUUCCACAGGGACUGUGUGCAGCAUCAGGCCCACAACGCCGGCCUCUUCUUCUUCAGAUGUACUCUCUGUAACAACAAGGAGAGCUUCCAGGAGGAGAUGCUGAGGAUGGGAAUCUACAUCCCAGAGAGAGAUGCCUCAUGGGAGUUGGAGGCAAACGCUUAUUCAGAGCUGCUGGAGGUUUACAGUCGCUGUGAUGCUCUCAACUGCGUCUGCAACGACGGACGGAUGCACUCCGCCAAGAGCGGCUGGUUUGAGGUGAUUCGCUGCCGGCUGUGUGGCUCCAGAGGGACUCACAGGAAAUGUUCGGGGCUGAAGGUGGACACCAGGGGCUGGGCCUGCAGCGACUGCACGCAGGCUACUGACGGGAAAGCCUCCCUCGUUGCGUCUCCUCAGGGAUGUCAGAGGAGGAGUCUGCUGUCCAAACGCUACCUGUCACCCAUCCGCUCCUCCAUCAGCUGUAAGAGACCGUCGUUACCUGUUAGAUCUGAAUCACCUGAGGAGAUCCUGCAGGCGUUGCGCCCUCAGCUCCGUCCCGACAGUGUGCAGGUGGAGGUGGACGGGGAUCAGGCUCUGUCUGCGGGUUUAGAGCUGGUGAGGAGGGCCGACUUUGACCCCACACACACUCUGUCUGUCAGGUUUAACGAUGACCAGCAGACCACAUUUCCCAGCAGUCUCCAGGACAGUGACACAGCCAGGCAGUACUUCCUGAAGCUGCUGGUGCAGCAGAUCCAGGACUGUGUGGUGUUUGAGGGUCCAGAUGGAUCCAAAAACAUGGCGCUGGACUCUCAGGCUCUGAGAGAGGACCUGUACUUUGAUGUCGGCUGCCUGCUGGCUCUGUCUCUGGCUCACGGCGGCCCUCCUGUCGGCUUCUUCUCUCGCGCUCUCUACCAGUGUCUGUUCAACUACCCAGCCAACCGGCCGCUCGCCAUCACUCACAUGACCCCCGACAUGCACUUCACCCACAGAGUCAGCAGGAUCGCAGAGGCGCAGUCUUUAGACGACCUGAGAGGAGUGAUGGCAGCAAGCUGGGAGUACCUGGAGCUGGCUGGCUGCAACCGACCAAUCAGCAGCCUGGAGGAGAGAGAGGCUCUGGUGGAGGAUCUGGUCAGCUUCACUAUGAUCACCAGGAUGCAGCUGCCACUGCAGAGGUUUCGGGAGGGCCUGCAGACUCUGGGCGUCUUUGAUCAGGUUCAGCUCUUCCCGUCGUUGUUCUGCAGUGUUUUCUGUGAGGCGGCGGAUCGGCUCACGGCUCAGACGGUCGGUCAGAUCUUCACCGUGAACUUCUCUCAGCAGGAGGAGAGACUGAGCAGAGAGACACCCGUCAUCAGCUUCUGGAGACACUUCCUGCGGGAGUGUGAAGUUGGGAGAAGCUCCAUCUCCCUGCAGGACCUUCUUCAUUUCGCCACAGGAGCUGAGGAGCUCCCUGCAGCCAGCCUUCUCCCUUCUCCCUCCAUCUCCUUCCUCCAUCCUGUGGAGGAGAGAGAAGAAGAGAGAGAGGGAGUCAGAACAAGGAGGGACGAGGGGCUCUUUCCUCAGUGUGUGCCCAGCUCCAGACACCUCCUCCUGCCUGUUUCCUCCUCAUACCAGGCCUUCAAAAGCUCCAUGGAGCAGGCUGUCAGCCACCAUGUGCACCUCCUCCCCACAGAGAGUUAGUGCAGGAGGAGGAGGAGGAGGAGGAGAGGUGUUUUAGAGAUUGUGGCUGCCUGUUAAUCUUUCUGUUCUCAUGCAGCACAUUUACAGUUUAAAGCUUUUCUCAUCUUACUCACUAAUGAAGCUGAAAGCGGCCAAAGCAAACCUCAUCCCUUUUAAAGGUCCAGUGUGAAGGAUUCAGGGGGAUUUAUUGGCAGAAAUAUAAUAAGUAUGUUUU